AUGCCAAAAUACCAACUCAAGUACCUCAAUCUUCGUGGAAAGGCGGAGCCGGUCAGAUUGUGUUUGAACUUCGUUCAGGAGCCCUUCGAAGACCACAGAGAGAACUUCUUGGAGUUUUCGAAGCGGAAAGAUAGUACGUCAAAUUUCAUAAUUUUCAUGGUCUACUACUACAGUAAAAAGAUCAAUUUCCGGAGGGCGCACAGUGCAAAUCAAGAAAAAAAUCCGCACAUUGGAAAUAUCAGCAUUUUCAUAAAGUGCCUUCAUUUUUGCACUGUGCAUUUCGCUUCCUUCGAGAGAAUUGCCUUGGACGAAACACCUUUAAAAAUCGUUUUUAGAACACCCGUUACCACGGCUCCCGAAGUUGAUCGUUGAUGGAAAAUUUGAGAUUUGCUUUACUCCAUGCAUUUUGGCCUACCUCGGACGGAAAUACGGGCUGGAACCCGAGACCGUCGAAGAGAAAGCCCUGGCCGACGUCUUGGCCCAGCGAUUAAGCGAAUAUCACAACGAAUUGAAGCCCUGGGUCUACUGUUUGAUGGACCUUACGCCGGCGGAAAUGGUAGGGAAAUUUGCUUCUUAAAACAUCGCCAGUCCUAUCUAGGUCUUCCUAAUUAUUAGGUUGUCCAGAAAGUUCGUUCGUUUUUUUCAUUGGUUUCGUUUUACGAGGAUGGUUUGUUGUUUGGCAAAGGGUAUAUAUUUAUUUGAUACAGCCAGUCUUGUAGGGGAGAAAAAGCUGUAUCAAAUAGAUGUAUUCCAUUUGCCAAAGGACAAACAAUCCUGUAAAAAAAGCAAUGAAAAAACGAACGAACUUUCUGGACGACCUAAUAUAUCAUUGAUUUCAGCUCGAUGACUUGACGGAUGGUGUAUUUAGUAAUGUUGCACUGAAGGAUUUUGCCCCAAUUUUUGAGAAACAGCUGGAAAGCAACAAUACAGGAUAUUUGAUUGGAGAUAAGGUGAGUAUUAUCGAAAUGUUUCUCUCACCGAAACAAAGGAAGAAAUGGGCCGAAUUUGGAAUGUAUAAUAUAAGCAUAUAAGAUGUGCGAAAACCUUAGCUCGCACUUUGCAGAAACAGCCAAAAUUUUUAGGUUGAAGCCUUCUCACCUCGCGUCCCAAAGUGGUGGAAAGAGGAACCAGAAAUGAUAAUUUUUAGGCUAAAGUUAGGCUUUUUUUGCAAAGUUUUGUAUCAAAAUUUCCACACAUAUUUCUAUUACAGUGUGUAAUGUUUCCACAGAAAAUCAAAUUUUCCCGCAGGAAACUGACAAAGAUAUCGCGAAAAAAAUAUUUUUCUCUCUGACCGCUCUCCGCAUUCGGCGUACUCUCUCGGCCCGAAAGACCGUUGAAUAUCUCGACUGUGCCUGCAAAUCGGGAGCUAGAAUUUUCAGGAAUUGAUAUGUGACCUAUACCUGAAAUAUGUACAAAAUUUAAACAAAAUCUGAGCAUCGCACAUUGAACAUUGCCCUUGUAAAUUCUGCCAUCAAAACUUAACCCAAUCAUGAGAAAAUCCAAAAUUCUACUAUUCCCUUUCAGCUGACAUGGAUCGAUUUCUACUGCGCCGCCUUCAUGGACAACUGUCUCACGUAUGGGCCGACAGAAAAGUUCGAGAAAUUCCGACGACUAAACUACCAUCGGAACGCGGUUUACGCACUGCCGCAGCUUCAAGAAUACCUGCGGAAUCGGCCUGAUACUCAUUACUAA